AUGGUAAAGUUCUCGCAUGGCUGCUGGCAUCCAGCGCCAGACACCCUCAUCGACUGGGCCGUUGAGGCAGUUGUCGCUGAGUCUCGCGACGAGGAACUGCAUUUUGUCACGUCCUCAAAGCCAAUCAAUCACCGCGGUGAUACGUUGAACAAUCCGACGUUGACUCACUCCUUGAGCUCCGCAGUCGACAAUGUCCUCCAUCUAUCCUCUACCCAUUGGACGAGACAGAAAAGCGUCACUCAAGGACCGCACUUUGAGCUGUUCCCCGGAGGGAAGCCAAACCGUGCAUCUGCUGUCCGUACCAGCAGAACGACAGACAGCCUGAGCAUCGAAGAAGGCAGUCUGUCUGCGUCUGUGGAUACGCGCCCAAAGUCGUUCGAUAUCAGCUUCCAUGCAGAUGGCAGGCUCUUGACCAAGCUGGGGUGGCGCUCGAUUGGGUAUGUCAAGCAAGGUACAACGGCUCUGCACCCUCGAGCAAGCUAUCUCGAUCCCAACAAGGGCCAGAGGUGGGUGAAUUACCAGCUGCAGCUCGGGGUUGGCGACAAGGUCUACGGUCUAGGCGAGCGUUUUGGGCCUUUCGUCAAGAAUGGGCAGAGCAUUGAAAUCUGGAACGAAGAUGGUGGCACCGGAUCAGAACUGACAUACAAAAACAUCCCCUUCUUCGUCACUUCUGCAGGCUACGGUGUCUUCAUCCCUACCGCAAACUUCAUCUCUUUCGAAAUCCAAUCCGAGCGGACAACGCGAGUCAACAUAUCCGUUCCUGGAGAGUCUCUAGCAAUGUAUCUGAUCUACGGUCCAGACCCAAAGUCGAUUGUAGAGCGCUAUACAACAAUCACGGGCAAACCGGCACUCCCUCCUGCGUGGACAUUCGGGCUCUGGCUUAGCACCAGCUUUACAACCGAGUAUGACGAAGGCACAGUCACAUCGUUUCUGGAUGGAAUGGCAGAGCGCGAUAUUCCGGUCAGCGUGUUCCAUUUCGACUGUUUCUGGAUGCCCGGGUUCAAGUGGUGCGAUUAUGAGUUUGACAAAGAUUACUUCCCAGAUGCAAAGGGGCAGCUGCAGCGGAUUAAGAAUCGUGGAAUACAUAUUUGUGUAUGGAUCAAUCCGUACAUUGCCCAGGAGAGCUCCAUAUUCGACGAGGCCGCAGACAAGGGCUAUUUUCUCAAGAGAACAGAUGGCAGCGUGUGGCAAUACGACUUUUGGCAAGCCGGCAUGGGAUUUAUCGAUUUCACAAACCCAGAGGCCUGUGACUGGUAUCAGGGCAAGCUCCAAGCACUCGUCGAUAUGGGCGUCGACUCCUUCAAGACUGACUUUGGCGAGCGCAUCCCUACUGGCGACGUCGUAUACUAUGAUGGGUCCAGCCCCGUGAAGAUGCACAAUUACUACUCCUUCCUCUACAACAAGAUCACCUUCGAAGUUCUAGAGAGAAACUUUGGCGCGCACAAAUCAGCUCUCUUUGCUCGCUCUGCCACAGCCGGUUGCCAGCGAUUCCCCAUACACUGGGGCGGCGAUCCGUAUAGCACGUUCGAGGCCAUGGCCGAAACUCUGCGCGGGGGGAUGAGUUUGGCACUGUCUGGCUUUGGCUACUGGGCUCAUGACAUCGGUGGGUUUGAAGGCAAACCCGAUCCUGCUCUGUUCAAGCGGUGGAUUGCAUUUGGGCUAUUCUCCAGCCAUUCCAGGCUACAUGGCAGUGGUAGUUUCCGAGUCCCCUGGCUGAUUGAUGAGACUGGAGAGGCAGACAGAGUCUUGAAAUACUUCGUGCACGCUAAGCACUCUCUCAUGCCAUAUCUCUACUCCAGCGCUAUUGAAACACACAAAACUGGUGUCCCCAUGUUGCGUGCACUGUUCAUCGAGUACCCAAACGACCCCAUAGCCUGGUAUCAGGAUAUGCAGUAUUUCCUAGGCGAUAGCCUCCUGGUUGCACCGGUCUUCAACGCAGAGGGCAACAUCCAAUACUAUCUCCCCAAGGGAGACUGGUAUGGUAUUCUAGAUGGAAAGAUUCGCACUGGUGGUGGAUAUUUGACCGAGAAGCACGAUUUCUCCUCCCUGCCUGUGCUCCUGCGUCCGGGCUAUGCUAUAUUUCGCAGUUUAAGCACGGACUUGGGCAGCGUAGUGUACGACUGGAGCAAGGACGUGAUACUGCUAGUAAACUGGGUGGAGGGAAUGGACACGACAGCUCGGAUUGCAGAUUACGAGCAUCCUGGAGAGAUUAAGACUGCCCUGAGAAUCCGCGACACAGAUGAGGGGGCUACCGCUCAGGUUAUACAGGGCAGCAUUGCUUCACCCAUGCAGAUCAGGUUCGUGAAUAGGCGUAUUGAAUCUGCUAAUGUUGAAGUUGUUGAUGAUAAUAUUCUGCGUGUGCAUGAAGGAGCUUCGCUCGUUUCGUUCACGCUGAACUAG